AUGUCUACAACUCAGGUCCUCCGUGUCGUCGGUUGCCAAUCCCGAUCCCAAGCCCUAACAGACAUCGGUAUUCAGCGAGUAGCGCGGACAACACCGGUGUCUGAAAUCGGUCGCAUUAUCCAAGAUGAUGGCGCUGUUGUGAUCAAACAAUUCUUGUCUACAGGCCAAGCGGAUCGUAUCAACGAAGAGCUGGAUCCGCAUCUCGAGGCUCUGAUUCCGUCCGGUCAACUGGUCGAUUUGAACCAAGACAUAAAGGACUUUUUGGGUCAUCACACCAAAAGGCUGACGGAUCUAUUACAACUCAGCAAGACGUGGAGAGAAGAAGUGAUCAACGACGAUCUCAUGCACGGAAUUUCGGAUGAAGUCCUCAGGAAGCAAGUGGGUGACUACUGGAUGAGCACCGCCACCAUGAUGGAGAUCGGGCCCGGUAAUCCUCUACAGAAGUUGCACCGCGAUUUCGGGAACUGGUGGCCGUCGUUCAUGCUGGGCAAAGACGCGCCUGAAUUGAUGCUUAACUUCCUCAUGGCAACCAACCAGACCACGGUGGAAAAUGGUGCCACUCGAGCCAUUCCCGGCAGCCACAAGUGGGACUAUUCGGCCGCGGACCAUAACGUGGGCGACGAAAGCCAGGCAGUUGCUGUCGAGCUGGAAAAAGGCGACUGCUUGAUCAUCGGCGGCAAAAUCGCUCACGGAGGCGGCUGCAAUCAGACCAAGGAUUACUUGCGAAGAGUCAUUGCUUGUGUCAUGGUCACAAGUGCCUUCACCCCGGAAGAAGCUUUUUCUCAUACCGUGCCUCUAGAACUGGCCAGAUCCCUGCCGGAAAGGGUGCAAAAGAUUCUGGGGUUCCGAAGUCAGUGGCCCCAGGGUAGUCCCGGUCUCUGGUCCCGCAACGCCGAUGAUAUCGGUCGCUAUCUAGGCUUGAUGGACGCAGGGUGUGGUGAUCGCAAGGUUAGAGGUGGACGAUAG